CCGCCGCCGCUGCCCAAUCAGUGCGGCGGGGCCGGCGCUGCGGCGCCAUAAAGCGGCGGCGGGUGCGGCCCUGUGAGUUGAGCGUGGGAGACUCGCGCCCGCUGCCGCCGAGCGCAGGAACCCCCUCAUCCAGACCACAACCAUGGCCACCUCGGCAAGCUCCCAACUCAGCAAAGCCAUUAAGCAUAUGUACAUGAAACUGCCGCAGGGAGAGAAGGUCCAAGCCAUGUACAUCUGGAUUGAUGGGACAGGGGAGCACCUCCGCUGCAAAACCCGCACACUGGACCAUGAGCCCAAGAGCCUUGAAGAUCUCCCUGAGUGGAAUUUUGAUGGCUCCAGCACCUUCCAGGCUGAAGGCUCCAACAGUGACAUGUACCUGCGGCCUGCUGCCAUGUUCCGGGACCCUUUUCGCAAGGAUCCAAAUAAACUAGUUCUCUGUGAGGUCUUCAAGUACAACCGUCAGUCUGCAGAGUCAAAUCUCCGACAUACCUGCAGACGAAUUAUGGAUAUGGUAUCUAACCAGCAUCCCUGGUUUGGGAUGGAGCAAGAGUACACUCUUCUGGGGACAGAUGGACAUCCAUUUGGCUGGCCCUCCAACGGCUUCCCUGGACCCCAAGGUCCAUACUACUGUGGUGUAGGGGCAGAUAAAGCCUAUGGCAGAGACAUUGUGGAGGCCCACUACCGAGCGUGCCUUUAUGCUGGUGUGAAAAUCGGAGGAACCAAUGCAGAAGUGAUGCCAGCCCAGUGGGAGUUCCAGGUGGGACCAUGUGAAGGGAUUGAGAUGGGGGAUCACCUCUGGAUUGCACGCUUCAUCCUCCAUCGGGUGUGUGAAGACUUCGGUGUUGUUGUGUCUUUCGAUCCCAAACCCAUCCCUGGGAACUGGAACGGUGCUGGCUGUCAUACCAACUUCAGCACCAAGAGCAUGAGGGAAGAAGGAGGUCUCAAGUACAUUGAAGAGGCCAUUGAGAAGCUGAGCAAGCGUCACCAGUACCACAUCCGUGCCUACGACCCCAAAGGGGGGCUCGACAAUGCUAGGCGCCUGACUGGUUUCCACGAGACAUCCAACAUCCAUGAGUUCUCUGCUGGCGUGGCCAAUCGCGGUGCCAGCAUCCGUAUCCCCAGGAAUGUGGGCCAGGAGAAGAAGGGCUACUUCGAGGACCGUCGACCCUCUGCCAACUGUGAUCCUUACGCUGUGACAGAGGCCCUCAUCCGCACAUGUCUCCUCAACGAAACUGGAGAUGAGCCUUUUGAGUACAAAAACUAAGCAGACUGCGCCCAUAGGCAUCACCUCCCCCCCACGCUUCCCACACCCCUAAACUUCCCUUCUAGGUGUAAUCCCAAGGGUACAGGAUAACACAUUUUGUGUCUCAGUAACUCUUGUUGUCUUGAGGUAGGGAGGAGGGCAAAUUUAGUUCUGUCAAUUUCUGGUUGUCAUUGACUCUUCAGAAGACAAGAAAAGGAGAGGAUAUUAGAGAACUUUUAACCACUGUUUUAUUUUUUGUCUAAUUCAUGUGAACAUCUUAUGAGAUCCAGUGGCUUCCAGGAACAGACUACACAGGCAAAAAGCUGGUAGGUGAGUGGAAAGCUUAAAACUACAGUUGACUUCCCCAAGGAUCAAAUUUGGCUUGUUGCCUCCAUUGCUGGCUCUCUGCAGACUAAUGGUUCUCUAAGGUUGGUUCCAUUCUGUAGAGAAGGGAAGACAGGAGCUGUGAUGUAGCCCCAUGUGCUCCUAGCUGUAUUGUGUGAUGGGGAGAUCUUCACCCUCUAGUUGCUCUGAGGUUCCUGGUAAUUGUUUGGCACAUUGAGCUACGCACAGGAGUGGUUCUGUCACUGCAAGUCACCUGAUCUCUGUCUCAUAACACAGAGUGAAGUAGUAUUUUUAUAUUUAAAUAUAAAAACGACAAAAAAAUUAUAUAUAAGUGUUUCUUAAAAAAAAAUAAAA